GAAUGUUUUCAAUAUAGAUCUAAUAGAGAAUAUUGUGUAAGCAUUAAUUUAUUAAAGGUUGUUCGACUCGAUAUCUUCAAAAUAUAAUCUUUCAGUUACUAUUUUCCGGGAAAACCCAUCCUGAAUCGAAAGCAAACAAAACAUCCGCAUGCCAAAAAGCCAAAACUAGCAGCUAUUUUACUUAAACAGACUCUGACUAAAAACAGUGACAGUGUAUGCGAUCGCUGAGGAGUCUAAUGGAAGAAAUGAAAAAUGAGUCCAAAAAUACUUUAUACCGGAAAACAUUAUCAUUCUGACAGGGAUGGUCACCUUAAACAGGAAAACGUCUACUUCAGACUGUCAAAAAGAAAAGAAAAAGAAUAUUCAAUUAAAGUUGGACCAUUCCUACGAACCUUUAAAGAGGAGGAGUUCUGUUUCUUUGAACUAGAAGAGAUAGAACUAAGUAUCCUGGAAGAGAAAUCCAAGAAAUCUAAACCCUUUGUUUGUCUGAGACAUAAGACAGAGGAAGAAGCGUAUGAAAACUUUGUGUGUUUGACGAUUGUUAUAUAUAAAGAUGAAAGUCCUGAUGGUUUGUUCCUGGGAUCAAACAGGAUUAAAUUGUUUGACAGAGUGGUGCCAGGGAAAAGUUCUCAGCUAAAAAAGUUAAACAUUAAACUUCAAAAAACAUUUGGUAAAGUGAUGAAGCAGUGGUUUAUGUACAGUGUUGAAAACAAUAACGAGCAGCCUGUCCGUGUUAUCUUAAGAAAGACAAACUUCUCUGUGUUGGAUAACAAAUUAAAUGUAUUAAAUUACCAUAAGCUACGCAGUCUGGAAUUCAAAGAAAUUCUGGUUAAUCCAUUUUUGAGAUUAAUUAAUAUGAAGAUUGUAGAAAAAAGUCCCAGUGCAGAAAUUCAGCAUGUACAUUGUAUAAAUCUGAGAUCAUCCAUGUCUGGAGACGACAAGGGCUAUGAUUUCAGGACACAUCUGUGUCAUCAGCUACAAGAGAUCCAUCUGCAAGAACAUAGUGUUGAAAUGACAAAUGAUCCAAGCCCAGAAGUGCUUAGAUGGCUGACAGAUCAAAAAACUCUAUCUGGUGGUAGUGAUCUUUCUGAAAUUUCAUCUUCUUGUAAUAUAGAGGGGUCAUCAUCAACAUGUGGUAUUAAUCUGCCACCACUGCCUUCUCCUCAUCACCAUCAUAAAAGUCAUGAAGCAGUGGAAAAUUCAGACGAUUCAAGUGACGAGAAUUUUGAUGAUGGGAAAGGAAGUUCUAUAUCAGAUAAAUCAUCGUCUUUCAAUGUUGAUUCAAAUUCUAUUACUGUGAGUGAUGAGGAGACAAUAAAUAGUGAAAUUUCAAAAACUAAUGGUCCCUUUACAGUAGGACAUACAACAUGGGACGACCCAAGUACAUUAUUACCCCCACCUACUCCCCAUGAUGGAACAAACAUUGGAGCAAUGGAGAAUUCAGAUGGGAAUACAUUGGUUAUUGUCAAUCAACGUGAUCCUGUUAAUCCUCCAACUUGUAAUUCACGACCUCCACAAGGUCAUUUGAUUAGGGCAGAAAGUGUGGAUGUUCUUUGUCCACACAAACAAAAUAACGAUUUGUGCAAUUAUGACCGGCCAAAUAGAAACAGUUGUUCAAGUGACGAUAGCGAAUAUCAAAGAAUUUAUUAUAAGAAUCUUGGCUGGGUAAGAUACUCAAAUAAUAGAGUGAGAAUUUUACAUCGUUUUCAUCGACAAAGACAUUUAGGAUUGAAUAUAACUGAUGUUGACUUUGAAGUUGUGAACAAACAUGAAAAGUGGUGGGAUAAUGAAUUCAAAAUGUGUGAAGAAGAUGACAUGUUCAUGAGAACUACAAGGAGUAAUGUAUGUCAAAAGACAGCAGUAUCAGAAACAGAAUACUGGAAUGGUGAUUUAUGCCUGACCAUACAGUUAUUAAUGGAAAGGAAAAGUCCAAAACUAUCAAUGGAUCUUGACCUGUCCUGGUCCCAGCUCUGUGCUGUAAUCAUACACCUCAGCUUAGACCAAAACCCAGCUUGUAUGAAGAAAGAUUGGAGAGAUUUUGCUGAAAAGUUGGGUUUAAAGUGCAGAGACAUUGAAAUCAUACAGUAUUUUUGUUAUACACAAAGAGAAUGGCCUGCAAGAGUGGUUCUGUGUCAUUGGAAAUUGUUAUCAAGCAAAUAUGAAAAUGCACGUGCAUUCAAUUUCUACAACUUACGAAAUUUUUUGAUGGAUCUUGGUCGUCAUGACAUUUUAAAAAUUGUGAAUUAUUCAGAAACAAACUGUUUUGAGAGAGUGUAUGAUGAUUGUUCUUCAAAUACAAAGUUGUGAAACUAGAAGAAAUAAUGAUCAUGAUGAAACUUGGUCUAAAAUAUGCUCCACUGUCACAUUAAUUAUUAUAUCCCUUAUGUGAAUAAUGUUGUGAAGCAAGACAUCAGUGUUGCAUAUCAUUUAGCACUCGUAGUGUCAAGGUUAAUUGUGGGAAAUCAACAAAUACAUUGAAAACCAAAGGGGAGAUAAUUUUACCACUACAUUACAAAAACGAAGGUGGAGAUAAUUUGAUCACUACAUUAAAAAACAAAGGGGAGAUAAUUUGAUCACUACAUUACAAAAACGAAGGGGGAGAUAAUUUGAUCACUACAUUAAAAAAACAUAGGGGAGAUAAUUUGAUCACUACAUUAAAAGAACAAAAGGAGAGAUAAUUCUCCAUUUUCAUCUUUUUCAUAAUCAUUUAUCAUUGUACAGUAAUAUGUAUACAAUACUUUGCUGGGGGGAUGUGAAUGAAUUCAAUACACUUAAAUCAAAAGGGAGAUAAUUCAUCAUGUGCAUAACUUUUGUAUGAUCAUUUUUUAUUUAAAAUUAUAAAGUUAUCCACCCAAAACAAAAUAUUUCGGCUUGUACAGAAAAUCUCAAAAGUAUAGAAACAUUCAUAACUUUUUAAAGCAUUGAUUUCAGAAAUUUAAAGUUCUUUUUUUUGUAUUUUUAACUCCUUCUUAUAGUCAAUGGUCAUUUGUGUAACAGUAACAGUUUGAAUGGUCCAUUCUGUAAGAUAUUAAUUCUAAAUGUAUGUACACAAUUCAAACCAUUAAUAUAACACACACAUAUAGAUGUCAAAUUGAAAAAAGUGUAAAAUAAUUUAUACUGGAGUUAUUUUUGAAUGAAAGUAAGUGGAAAAUGAAUUUUAUCUGUAAAUUAAUUCUACACAAUUGUAAGUAUGCUAUCCAAUGGAUAUUAAAAGAUGAAAGUAGUUUGAAUGGUUGUUUGGAAAUGUCAGUGCAUCAGAUAUUGUUGAAUUUGUAAAUAGCUAUUAACAAUGGUUGUGUAUUUAAGUUAUUUCUUAUUAUAAGAAGUAUAUAUUUAAUACUUGAAUAUAGUUUUGUUGUUGAUUUCUUAUUAUGAUAAUUGACAUUAAAAAAACAUGUCAAAUA